CCCGCUCACGCAACCGGUACGCGAACGCAUCUUCAGUGUGCCCUCGCUUCCCGCACGUCAACCGGCGUUCCCGUUGAACCGGCCUUCAGCCAGCAUCGCGUCGUUGCGCUUUCUCUCUCUCUCUCUCUCUCUCUCUCUCUUGUUCUUUCAUUCCGCUUGUCGGCUCGGCUGCGUUUGGCUGCGGCUGCAGCAGCGAAAUCUGACAGCUCACCGCUGCCCAUAGCCACCCGGCGCCCCGUCGUUCCGUGCCCGCAUCCUCCCCUUCUCUCCACAGCCCCUUGCAAACCGACGAGCGGCAGCGAGCCGAACGAAAAACGCACUGUACGGUUUCCGCUUUGACGCGAUGUCGCUCACUCGUGCACUAACCGCCAUCGUCGCCUCCACGAGGAGCAGCAGCUGCAGCAGCAAUCAAGCGCUCUUACUCGGUGUCGCCUCGAAGUGGUCCUCCUGUUCUGCUAUCAAUAAUAGCUGUGGUGGUGUCGCUGCCGUACUCCGUGCCCGACCGACGCAACAAACGCGCAACUUUGCCAGCAAGAUGAGUCUGCCCCGUUGCUUCUUCGACAUGACCGUCGACAACCAGCCGCUCGGCCGGAUCGUCAUUGAGCUCCGCCCGGACGUCGUGCCGAAGACGUCCGAGAACUUCCGCGCGCUCUGCACCGGCGAGAAGGGCUUCGGCUACAAGGGUUCGAUCUUUCACCGCGUGAUCCCGAACUUCAUGUGCCAGGGGGGCGACUUCCAGAACCACAACGGCACCGGCGGCAAAUCGAUCUACGGCAACAAGUUCGAGGACGAGAACUUCAUCCUGAAGCACACCGGCCCGGGCAUCCUGUCGAUGGCGAACGCCGGCCCGAACACGAACGGCUCGCAGUUCUUCAUCACCACCGUGAAGACGUCCUGGCUGAACGAUCGCCACGUGGUGUUCGGCAGCGUGGUCGAGGGCAUGGACGUGGUGCGAAAGAUCGAGUCCUUCGGCUCCCACUCGGGCAAACCGUCGAAGCAGAUCACCGUCGCCAACUGUGGUCAGCUGUAAAAUUCUUAUAACAUACAUAGCAGAGUGGAAGGGAGAGAAGAGAGCAAGGGAGAGGAGGUAGGAGGAGGAGAGAUUAGAAUGCAGAAGCAGAAGCAGAAGCAGAAGCAGAAAGAGAUAGAGCAGCCAGAGGAUAACAUUGCAUAGUUUUUCCUGUUUUUGUUUUUGUAUCCAACACACAUUUUCUUUUCCACAAAACGGGCGCGUACCCCUCCCCCCUCCCACCCAUUCCCUUCUAAUCCAUGUUGGGUUUGUUGUGCGCAGGGAGGGAGGUGGAUGGGAAUUUCCCUCAUUUUUUUUUUUUUGUUUGGUUCCGUUUUUGGCGUGUUGUGUGACAUUGAGGGGGAAGGAUAUGGGAGGUGAAUAGUAGCAGUCUUUGCGUUCUCCCAUACUCCCACCCCCUUUGGCGCUUGUGUACCAUCAUGUGCGCGCACUGAAUUUAGCUUCGAAAUAUUCCUUGCAGUUUGCGCUUACCCGGUCAAUGAUUCCUUUUUCGUUUUUGGAAGUGCAACAACAGGCAAGAAACCAACAAAAACACACAUUACUAAACGCCCAUUACGUACAUUCACAACAACGCUCUCACGCGCACACACGCACACACACACACACACACACACAUGUUCACACCCAACACACUCGAGCGACAAAGCAAGGAAGAGAAAGGCGCCUUAGCAAGGGAAACAGAAAAGGGUUACGGAAAAUUAUUGCUAAUUUCAAUGGGAAGACGCAUCUCUCGCUUGUGGGGAGAGCGCUUGCCCGUGCGGAUCUCUUUCCGGUCGAGGCUGGUGAAAACUGAGGCAGAAGGGAAGAAGAGGAGUGAGGUGUGUACAUUUCACCCUCCGCAGAUGAUCGCGUAUCGUCCUCCUCGAACCUCGUGUUACGUAACCCCAUGCAUUUUAGCGCGUGUUUGUGUGUGUGUGUGUGUGUGUGGCGUGCGUCUGUGGGAGUGUCACGCUAAAAAAACCUAUUACUACUACUACUACUACUACUACUACCUUCACUACAUUUCUUUAACAAGGACAAAAAUAAAGAGUAAUAAUGGUAAACAAGAAUUGUUAAUUUACGAA